AUGUUUGGCGCGAACUGGUGGGGUCGCACGUCUAGACGACGCGAGGUUGUCAGAGACUCGAUGAACUCGUCCAAGCUGUUCACGGCUGCGAAUGCUGACGUCGAUCCGGGCGGAGGCCAGCCCACCGAUGGAGCGGUCAACCACGAUCACGAAGGCGCGCCGACGAUCAUCUCUGCUUCGGCUAUGGCACCGUUCAGUGAGACAGCCGGACACGUCACAGCGAUGACCGACCAGCAACCCGAAACGGCGCUGAGGGAGAUGGCCAGGCUACCAUCCCUGUUGGACAGACUCCUCAACCCGUUUCGAAAGCGGGCGCACUUUGGAACGGUCACGCUCAGGGUGCUGACGCCGAGGUCGACACCGACCACGUCGCCUUCGCCGUUGAAGAUAAGGUCCUCGAGCUUCUCGACUGUCGACAAGUGGCCGCAGGUCGCCGUCGCCACCAUUCUUGUGGCGGCCACGGUGUUGGCAGUAUACUCGCUGUUCCGGUACACCGGCGGAAGCGGCGGAGGUGGUACGUCCGGGGGCGGCCCGGCGCUCUGCCAGACCGCCGACUGCGUUCGGCAUGCAUACCUGUUCGCCGACCGAUUGAACGCUAGCAUCGACCCUUGCGAGGAUUUCGCCGCGUUCGCCUGUUCCGCGUGGACUUACGGGAAGCCGCACCGUCGUGAUGAGGCGAAGUCGAUGCGUCAAGAAAUCGUGCUGAACUUCACUGACAACUUCGUUGGAACCAUCCCUACUGGCCUCAGGCACAUUCCGGUGCGCAGCAAAGCUCUAGCCAUGUUCCGUGCGUGCUUGGAUGUGACGGCGUACAGCUCGCACAGCAAGGAGGUCAUUCGUCGGUUCCUGGCUGACGAGGGCGUAUCUUGGCCGCAGAGCGCGAGUUCCCCGUCUUCUGGAGUCGUCUCGUCGCCUCUCAGGAUCUUGAUCCGCUUCGCUGUCAAGUGGCAGCUGCCCCUGUGGUUCAACGUGCUCGUGUUGACAAAAUUCUCGGAUGGCCAGCGAGCAGUGAUGCUCGAGGACAACCCAAAGAUGCGUGAUUGGGCGGCCAUCCACAAGCAGCUGGAUAUGACGAACUCCACUUUCGAGUACUGCAGUGCUCAUUACGAGACACUGUCACCACGAGACGACAAGAAACCACGGCAGCAGGCUUCCCGCUCGGAAUGCGACGAGAUGAGCCAUAUCGAGACGACCGUGUACCAUGAGCUCCUCGACAACCGCGAAGGCAAGGCCAAGACAGGGGCCAUGUUCUCUCUACACAGCAUCGAAAACUACACGGCGGAUGCCUUCUCUUCAAACGAAUGGCUUGAAAGCCUCAACAACCAUGCAUCGGUCACUGGCCAGCCUAGGUUCACGGCAUCGGACCGAAUUGUCCUGAGGGACACUGGGCUACUCUCGGGAAUCGGGUGGCUCUGGGCAAACCACAGCAAAGGGAAACUGCUGGGGGCGCUGUCCUGGCUUCUGGCGCAGAUACUAGGGCCCAUCGCGGACGCUGGGCUGCUUAGGUACAGGUACGGCAGUCUCGACGCCGACAACGUCAGGCGCCUGUACUUCUGCGCCACCGAGGUUGAAGAGAUCUACCGGUUUCUGGUGAUCGCCUUCGUGACAGCCGUCAACUUUCCAGAGAGUCUGCGCCUAAACAUCAACUCGCAGCUCAGCAUGGUCCAGCAGACGGCCUCAGCCCUGGUCGGAGCUCUCCCGUGGCUCGACAACGCCACCAAGGUCAACGCUCGGAACAAGCUUUCGCGCGCCAGGACUCUGCUGUGGCCCGCCAAUGACCUCCUCACGGACGAGGCGCUCUCCAUCAUGUACUCCGGCUUUCCCGAUGACAUGCACGCCACGGGUGAGACGUUCGCCGAGCUCUGGCUCCACUCCAGACAAGCUCUUUACGACCUGGAGACGGAUAACGUCUACCGUGGCACAGCAGCCGACAUGCCACCCAACAUGCGCCUGCCUUUGGCCAAAUACGACUACCUGCGCAACACGGUCCGCAUCUCGGUCCAGGCACUGUCUAAGCCAAUGUACUACGCGCAGGGCACGGACUCCAUGUUCUACGGCGGCCUGGGCUUCGUCUAUGCCCGCGAACUCGUCAAAAGCUUAGACGGCGAAGGUAUGUCGUACGACGCGGAUGGCAAUGUAGGUCAUGACUGGGCGUCGGAUGUCUGGAGAAUCACCAUGGUCGAACGAAGGUUCUGCUUGGCAUUUCACGGCAGUGGCAAUAAAAGGGUAACCACAACAGCCGGCGACUAUCGCCUCUUUCCCGACACUCCGGCGUUGGAGGUGGCGUACACGGCGCUGGAGCAGGCGCUCGCUUCGGACCCGCGGUCCACGAGGGUCCUCGAGGCUUACACCGAGCAGCAACUCUUCUUCAUCACGCUCUGCUACCUCAUGUGCGGCGGCGCUAACCCGGGCCCCACGGACUGCAACAGGGCCCUGCGCCACUUCCGGCCCUUCGCGCAACACUUCAACUGCGCGCAGGGCAGCAAGAUGGUGGCCUCCAAGCAAUGCAAUUUCCUCUACACAAAGCACGCCGACGACGAACACACAACAAAAUGA